UGCACAGGUACAGUGUGAUCUGUGUUGGGGUUGACAGACAUGCUGAGCAGGUAUAAGAGAGCUGAACUUGAACUGAGGGUGUGGAUCUGUUCCUCAUACUGAUGCCAUGCUGCAGACACUGGUCCUCCUGCUGCUCCAGGCAGCGUAUGUUUUUGGAUGUGGUACACCUGCUGUCAAGCCUGACACCAGCAGGGUUGUGAACGGAGUGGAUGCUCGCCCUCAUAGCUGGCCUUGGCAGAUCUCCCUGCAGGUGAAGCAUGGCAGCCGUUUCCAUCACACUUGUGGAGGGACUCUGAUUGCACCUCGCUGGGUGCUGACUGCUGGACACUGCAUCUGGCCGGGAGAUGUGUACCGUGUGGUGUUAGGAGAGCAUGAUAUGACCCAGCAGGAGGGAACUGAACAGAUCAGAGACAUCCUGCGUAUCGUUGUCCAUCCCAACUGGGACAUCGACCAUGUGGCUGCCGGCAAUGAUCUUGCCCUGCUGAAGCUGGAUAAGAGCCCCAUUAUGAAUGACAGUGUGGGUGUAGCUUGUCUUCCAGAGGCUGGAGAGAUUCCUGCCCACGGGACCCCAUGUUACAUCUCCGGCUGGGGCAACCUUUACACCCACGGCCCCAUGCCUGAUAGGCUGCAGCAGGCCUUGCUGCCCGUCGUGGAGCACAGCGUUUGCAGUCGCAGCGACUGGUGGGGCAUCAACGCCAAGACCACGAUGAUCUGUGCAGGAGGAGACAUCGUAUCUGGAUGCAAUGGAGACUCCGGUGGUCCUCUGAACUGUUUGGGUCAGGAUGGUAGGUGGUACGUUCAGGGCGUGACCAGCUUUGUUUCGUCCCGAGUCUGCAAUGAGGUGAAGAAGCCCACGGUCUUCACCCGCACCUCAGCCUUCACUGACUGGCUCAGUGAGGUCAUGCUUCGAUACUAAGGAUCUGGUGGGGACUAAUUGAUCAACUGCAAGCGAUAAUGAGAUCCCACGUCAAUAUUGUCUCUAUAUGGAGUGAACUCAUGUCCAGGUUUCACAUCAAGGUCAGAAACAGAGUUAUACUGUACUUAAAAAAAAACAUUUGAAACAUAUAUUUCAAUAAUAAAUUCUUAAAAGUGAAA